ACAGAAGGUUACCAGUUAGCUUCCUGCUAUCAUUUAUCCAGCAGCACAAUCUAGAAAAUGACAGAAGCUGGGUGGUUGCAUUGGGCAAUAUCUUUAUCUCUUUAGCAGGUCUUAUACAUCUCCCCCUUAUGUGACACGCAGAUAGUGCAGUGAUGAUGUGCAUGCUGCAGCUGUACAGACGUAUACAGAGACGUAUACAGCACAAGCUGUGCCAGUGAUUGCACUGCACACACUUCCCUCCUCCUCCCAAUGGGUUCAGAUCACAUGACGCUGGUAUGUGCAUCACAUGUCUGAGUGCAGGAAGUGUGGCAGCAGCAGGACACACACAAGACUCUGCUGCAGUGUUCCAGAGGUGGAGAUCUAGGUGAAGGGAGGAGAUUAGUUCUGCACGUUGUGCACCGUGGACCUAGGAGACUGCGGCAUAAUAUUCAUUAUUUCCUAAAGGAGUAGAGGAAAACUUCCAGGAAUUAAACGAUGAAAUGUGUUCUUAUUGUCUCGGAGGGGGCAGAAGUCCUCUUCUGCUGGGCUGAUGAAGCGUUUGAAAGGAUUCUUCACAGUCGUUUCUCUGCUUCUGAUGAGCUUCUGCAGUCUCCGUCCUUUGGUGACAGCAUCAAUACGCUCUUUGCUCCAUUAAUCAUCUCGUGCGUGACGCUGCUGGAGAAGAUUGGCGACACCUACACGUGUUUUACCGCAGAGAAUGGCCAUCUGUGUGUGCUGCACAUGUUUGGGGAAUGUCUGUUCAUUGCCGUGAAUGGAGACGGAUCCGAGAAUGAGGAUGAUUUGCGACGGAAGCUCUUUGUAUUGAAGAGACUCACCGAGGUCCACUUCGGCCUGGUCACUUUGGACAGCCAGUUAAUCAAAAGGGAGCUGCGACCGUCCGAUUCGGAUCAGCGGAACCUUGUUUGGAAAACCUUUCAGAGCCUGCUCUUAACGUACAGCCGCCUGCACCUGGAGGAUCAAAGCUUUGCAAUAGAGGCUGUGGAGCGUCUGAUCCACCCGAAGCUCUGCGAGCAGUGCAUCGAGUUUCUGGAGAAGCAAAUCGUGCAGUACAUUAACAGCAGCAACGAGCGCGGAGGGGAGGAGGUACUGCACACAUUCGUCCUGGUGAAUACCAAAUUGCUGGCUCUCUUCUCCAGUCGGAAUGCCAGCUCGCUGAGACCCGCCGACCUUCUCUCCUUAAUUCUAAUAGUCCAGGAUCUGUACCCAGGAAUCAAUGUGCUGGAGGAGCAGAGUGUUCCGGACGCAGAAGACAACGCACCGUCAGAGGAGUAUUACACCCCCAACCCAUCUCCCAGCACAAGUAGCUUAGGUGGUGGCAGUUGGAUGGAUGAUGACUCGUAUAGUUUUGGGGAUCCGGAAAUCCAGAUUGCGGAAGACAGUUUGAAGACUCUGGCUGGCUCUGUGCCUGAAUCUACGAACACAAGAAGAGUAUUUCUGGAUGCCAGCCUGAAGGAGGGCUAUUGCCCAAUGAUGCCGCAUUCUAUGUACUGCUUGCCGCUGUGGCACGGGAUGUCUCUGGUUCUUCUGACAAAGUUCUCUGGCAGCCACAUUGCUCUCCCCCUGUACCAGCUCUUAGAUGGUUUCAGUAUGAUGGAGAAGAAGCUGACGGAGGGGCCGGUGUUACGGUCACAUGCCCUAAUGGUGGAGCUGAAGCAAAGGACAGACCGGUUUGUUAAAAGCCUUGGUGGCCGUGAAGGUCAGUUACAAAAUGCCUGGACUGAGUUCAAGAGCAAAGCGUUCUCCAGGAACGAGGCUGUGACCCAGGCAGAGCUCAUUCAAGCAUGUGGCAGUAUGAAGCGUCAGCUGUGCUCUGUGUACCGUCAGCUGUUCCUAGCCUCUCCGGUCAGUGGGACGCAUGCCUUAUCCUUGAAUAUACAGACCCGGGUCAGGAAACGAGUGCAGGAGAAGUUGGUGGACUGGAAGGAGUUUCUGCUGGUGAAGAGUAAAAGAAACAUCACUAUGGUGACUUAUUUAGAAGAAUUCCCCGGCCUGGUGCACUUCAUCUAUGUGGACCGGACUGCAGGACAAAUGAUCGCCCCGUCCAUAAACAUCAUGGAUAAAUCCACUACUGAGCUGGGAAACAGCCUAUUGGCAAACUUCAUAAAGAACAAGGUGUGGUUCCUUAUUGGCUUGUCCCGACGAUACCUUCAGAAGGGCUACACGACCCUAACAUUCCGGGAUGGCGACUACUACUGCUGUUACUUCCUGUGGUUUGAGAAUGAGGCUGGUGAUAAACUCGAAGCCAUCGAUGCUCCGGUUCUAGGGGAUGAUGCAGCUCCCAUAGGAAUGCUGGCAGGGGAGUAUUAUAGGAAACUGCUUCGAUAUUACAGCAAAAACCACCCAACAGAGCUGGUGAAGUGCUAUGAAUUGCUGACUAUGCACCUGGGUAUCAUCCCGCCGGAGUUUGUCAUACAGCAAUGCCACGACCUGGCCCGCAAGCUGUGGGAGCCUUCCCGUUUGCCCCUUCUGUAACGUGAGAGUGAUACAACGGUGGAGGGGUAAUGACAGAGGAAACAUCUGGGAGACCCCUGCUCUUCCUGGGCAUCUAGUGCUGCACAUCUCCUCCGCGACAGAGCUUACGGACCUUUCCUGCUCUGCAUUUUCAGAUUGCAGAACAUAAACCAGCCUCCUGAUACAUUAGGACAAAGGUAUGGGUCAGAAGCACCGUGGUAGAACGGUGUAGACUACGAUUAGAAUAGAGAGGACGGAUAAACCUGGUGCAUGUGCUGAUUGGACGGAGUGAUGGCAACAUAUUGGUGAAAUGUGGGCGCUUACAGAUACUGACUCCUGGACUGAAUCAUGUGUCUCCAGUCUGCCUGGGCUUCACUUAUGUCAUGGUAUACAGCUUGAAUACAAGUUAGAUAUCUCUGCAUUAUGUCCUGAUCAUCUCGGACUGUAGAAUAUUCCUGAUAACACAUCUUUACCAGAUGCUGAGGGAGAAAGCAUUAGAACCGUAUGUGUAAUUAAUUUUGUAAUCCUGCAGAGAAUAAUAAUAAAAGUGACAUUAAUUAAA